GGGGGGCGCGCCCCGGGCCCAGGCCCGGCCCCAGCCGCCGCUGCGGAGCCUGCCGGGAGCCCCCGGAGCGCGGCCACGGCGCAGCCGCCGCCAUGGCCCAGACGCUGCAGAUGGAGAUCCCGAACUUUGGCAACAGCAUUCUGGAGUGCCUCAACGAGCAGCGGCUGCAGGGCCUGUACUGUGAUGUGUCGGUGGUGGUCAAGGGCCACGCCUUCAAGGCCCAUCGGGCUGUGCUGGCCGCCAGCAGCUCCUACUUCCGGGACCUGUUCAACAGCAGCCGGAGCGCUGUGGUGGAGCUGCCGGCGGCCGUGCAGCCCCAGUCCUUCCAGCAGAUCCUCAGCUUCUGCUACACUGGCCGGCUGAGCAUGAACAUGGGUGACCAGUUCCUGCUCAUGUACACGGCUGGCUUCCUGCAGAUACAGGAGAUCAUGGAGAAGGGCACAGAGUUUUUCCUCAAGGUGAGCUCCCCUAGCUGUGACUCCCAGGGCCUGCACGCCGAGGAGGCGCCCUCGUCCGAGCCCCAGAGCCCUGUGGCGCAGACGUCGAGCUGGCCGGCCUGCGGUACCCCGCUGCCCCUGGUGUCUCGAGUCAAGACAGAGCAGCAGGAGUCGGACUCUGUGCAGUGCACGCCUGUGGCCAAGCGGCUGUGGGACAGCGGCCAGAAGGAGGCAGGCGGUAGCAGUGGUAGCAACGGCAGCCGCAAGAUGGCCAAGUUUUCCACGCCAGAUCUGGCCGCCAACCGGGCACCCCAGCAGCCCCCGGUGGUGGCAGCUGCACAGCCCACUGGGGUGGCUGCAGGGGCCGGAGCUGGGCAAUCGACUGGGGGAGCGGCAGCGGUGGCGGCAGCGGCAGCAGCAGGGGCAGUGGUGAGUGGGCCCAGCACGUCGGAGCGGACCAGCCCAGGCACCUCAAGUGCCUACACCAGCGACAGCCCCGGCUCCUACCACAAUGAGGAGGACGAGGAGGAGGACGCGGGCGAGGAGGGCACAGAUGAGCAGUACCGGCAGAUCUGCAAUAUGUACACCAUGUACAGCAUGAUGAACGUCGGCCAGACCGCUGAGAAGGUGGAGGCCCUCCCCGAGCAGGUGGCCCCCGAGUCCCGGAAUCGCAUCCGGGUACGACAGGACCUGGCAUCUCUCCCCGCUGAGCUCAUCAACCAGAUCGGUAACCGCUGCCACCCCAAGCUCUACGACGAGGGCGACCCUUCUGAGAAGCUGGAGCUGGUGACAGGCACCAACGUGUACAUCACAAGAGCGCAGCUCAUGAACUGCCACGUCAGCGCAGGCACGCGGCAUAAGGUCCUGCUGCGGCGCCUCCUGGCCUCCUUCUUUGACCGGAACACACUGGCCAACAGCUGUGGCACCGGCAUCCGCUCUUCCAGUAACAACCCCAGCCGCAAGCCACUGGACAGUCGUGUCCUCCAUGCCGUCAAGUACUACUGCCAGAACUUUGCCCCUAACUUCAAGGAAAGCGAGAUGAACGCCAUCGCAGCCGACAUGUGCACCAAUGCCCGCCGCGUUGUGCGUAAGAGCUGGAUCCCCAAGGUCAAGCCGCUCAUGGCUGAGGGUGACGCCUAUACCACCUUCAUCAGCUACACGGGCAAGAUAGAGCCGGACAUGAUGGGUGUGGAGCACGGCUUCGAGACAGCCAGCCAUGACGGCGAGGCCGGCCCCUCAGCCGAGGAGGCCCUCCAGUAACCCCCACCAGACCCUCCCACGGGGCUGUCACACUCCCCUCCUGUCACACCCACCCACCAUCUUGGUCACGAGCUACUGUCUGUCCUUCCCCAGGACCCGUGGGGGGCGCUGCAUGCUCCCGGCCCUUCUGCCUCCCUUGUCCCACCCCCUGACCCCACUCCGAUAGAUCGGGGAGCGGGCUGGGAGAGGACAGCAGGCAGUGCGAGGUCUGCGUUGCCUUCUCUAGCACACAUGUGCUUAGUCGGGGAGCUCUAGCGCCCCCUCUCCUAACCCUUAGCAGCUGUCUCCCCACUCACCAGGCCAGGCAUAGGGAGGGGCUGGCCUGGGGGGCUUGGGAAGACCCCCCACCUUCCCAGGCCCUGGGCCACCUAGUGGGAGCCUCCCUCAGCCUCCACCUCCACUGCAGCCCCUUGGGACUCAGAGGGGCCCCGGGUUCUCAGGACCCCUCCCGCCAUCACCUCCCAGUGCUUCCACGUUUCCAAAAGCGCCUUCCUGUGUCCCUCGUCUGUCCCUGCGCCUGGGGGCUGGGGCAGGCGAGGCUGUGAGGAUUGCCUGUUUUCCAGCUGAGGAAACUGAGGCUCAGAGAAAUUCCAUGACCGACCUAAGGUGGUGGGCGGUGGCAGGCCCAGCGCCCUUCUCUUCCCCCACCCUGUCCUCAGCCUCUCUUGCCACCACCAGUCCUCUGGGGCCUGAGAGGGGCAGGUCUUGAGUGACAGGGGGCCUUUAGGGGGGAGACCCAGGGUCUCUGAGGAUCGAAGGAGAGGUGUCCCAGGCUUGCAAAAGCGUGUGGGUGUGCAUGUGUGUGUGCGCGCGUGCGUGCGUGUGUAGAAGUUUUGCUUUUAAACAAAUGAAGAUAUAAGAGGCAGUAGGACCAGGGGUGGAACCCAGGGGAGCAGGCUGGGGGGGGGGGCUGCUGCCUUUCCCUCCCUUCCCCACCCCCACCCCGCCCCCCCACGGCAGGGCUCCCAGCCCCCACCCCCUGUACAUACUUUUUAAAACAUUUUUUUAGCUAAUGAAAUAUUGAAGUAUAAGAUUCCUUUUAUUUUUCAAACCAACGGGACCGUGUCUGAUGUCCCCUUCGGUCCCUGGGGGCCGUGGAAGGCAGGACAGGGGUGGGGGUGGGGCCGGGGGCAGGCUGAAUGUGCGCAUGUGUGUGGUGUGUGGGCCUGUGUUUCCGAGGUGGGCACCCUCCCCAGCCCCGCUCUGCCUGGGCUCCAGUGGGUCUGGCCAGCUCCCUUUCACCCCCAAUGCCUCCCCACAGGGCUACAUUGGAAAAGGUGUCCUUGGUUUGGGCCAGUUGGCUGAGCCCAGCUAUUGGCAGGGCCCAGCCCGCUUUCAUUGUUAACAGUUGCAGAAUUUGUCUUUUACCAUUCCUUUCUUUCUACCCUUGCCCAGCUCCAUGAGUGGUCUUGGGGUGUUUUUUGUUUUUUUGUUUUUUUUUAGUUUUACAUAGGUUCUUGUUUUUACUCCCGCCCUGGCCCCCCAACAUACACCAUGUGUCAUUUCCUUGCAGUUUCACAUUUUUGUCUCUAGCCCUUGUUCUCACCACCUCUGUCUCCUCCCCAGUCUGACCAGCCCAUUGCUCCCAGCAGCCUCUCUUCUCCAAAGGCAGGGGGAUUCCAGGAGGUGGGGUGGGGGCCAGCUGGACCCUUGGAAUCUGACUUGGAGGCCUCCCCACCCACCCAGGAGCCCCUGCCAGCCUGCAGGGAGGGGGUCCUUCCUGACAUCUGCUUGUUGCAGGGAUGGGGUAUCAGUCCUGCUGGGGCCCUGGCACUCUGCUUUCCCAGCCAGGUCCCAGCAUCUUAGCCCUCGGGGGGCCCGAGUGUGUGGGGGGAGUCGACACCCCCAGCUAAAGCACAAGCACCUUAGUCGCACCUCCACUGCCCCCACAUCCCAGCCUUGACACCCCACCCCAGCGUAGAUCCCAAAGCACAAUAUCCUGGUCACUUGGCAAGCUGCCGGGCCGACCAAGGCCAAGGGGUGGGCUGGGGCUCCAGCCAGACCCCAAAAGGAAGCAGGAGUCCCCAGGCGCUCCCCUCCUUCCAGGCCUUAGCGGGGGCCAGCUCUCUGGGACCGGGGUCUUCUCCCUCCCCACCCCCUUGUCCUGGGCAGGCCCCUGCCCAGCCCCUCCCCACCUUGUGCUCUGGUGGGGCCCUGUCCCUCCUCCAAGCCCCUGCAGCACUGGGUUGGGUGGUGGAGCCCUCUCGUUUCAGGGAGCCCCAGAGGUUCCCCUGGCUCCCCAGGCUGUUGGUCUGGGGAUGGUGAGGAGGGGGAGAGGGGCUGGGCAGGGGUGCAGGGGAGGAAACUCCUCACCAGGAGAGCCAAAGACAGGGUUGUGCCUUACCCCAGGAGCCACCCCUGCGCCCCUCCCGCCCUGCCCUCCCUGUUUCUGGGUGGCCUGCUGCUUUUCCUUCUUUCCUCCCCCACCCUGCCCAGCCCUGAGCUGCAUGGACCGACCCCCACCCUGGGCAGCCAGGAAGGAACAUGAAUGGAGAAUCACUGACCAACGCAAAAAAAGACUGUGGGGGCCUCCCCCGGCCACCCAUUCACCUGCACCUCUUUCACGCAGGACAGACCACCCGCCCUGUCUGCGUGGAGUGCCAACACCCUCCCUGCCCUGGGCCGAGCCCCCCCUUCCCCGGGCCCGUAAGUGAGAUUGCACAUUAACUACUGUAAGAAGAGGAGCCGCACUGGGAAAUGUGAACCAUGAGAAUAUCAGUGAUACUGAUGAGGAGAAUAAACUAAACGCCUUUGUAACA